AUGAUCAAGAUAGACAACUCUUUAGUGUCAUGGAAAGCAAAGAAGCAAACCACAGUCUCCAAAAGUUCAGCUGAAGUUGAGUACAGAAGCCUUGCAUCUACUGUGUCAGAAUUAGUAUGGUUACUUGGGAAGUUAAAGGAAGUAGGAGUUGAAGUGCAGCUGCCAAUACAAGUAUACAGUGACAGUAAAGCAGCAAUACAAAUAGCUGCAAAUCCAGUCUAUCAUGAGUUAGAGGACCCUGUAGAUACACAAUUAUCAAUGAAUGUGGAAGAUAGUAUGCAUCCCUCUUCAAUGAAUGUAAACAAUGGUGGAGCUUCUUGCAGCAUUACAAAAAAGAGGGGUAGGGGAUCGUAUAAAUCUAUGAAGGUGGAUAUGAAGACCAAGUAUGGGGGUAAAAUUAUAGUUGACAUUCCUGAUGAUAUUGAAAGAGUUGUAGGUGAAGGGGCUAGGGAUAUUGUCAAUUACUGUGGAUUGGUAGUGAGAACCACUGUCUCAUUUCUAAAUGGUGACUGGCCAACCAUUUUUGCUGGACAAACAAUGUGGUUGUAGGUGAAGGACAAAUUUGAAGUUGGUAGAGGCAGGCAAGAAAGUGUGUUGCAAGCUUUUGCAAUUAGCACAACACAAAGGCUCUUUAGAGCAUGGAAGACUCGAUUACUCAAGGAAUACCUGCUCUAUAACACUGAUGAGGAAAAACUGUCCCAUCGUCCAGAAAGUGUUUCACCCGUGGAUUGGGAAUAUCUGGUUUCAUAUUUUGGAAGUACAAAAUUUAAGUCUGUAAGUGCAAAAAAUAAAUCAAACAGGGAAAAACAAACAACUAAGCAUUCAUGUGGCUCUAAAUCCUUUGCAGAAGUUGAAGAGUCCACAAAAGAUCCCCAAACUGGAAAAAAGGCGACAACGGAUAUAGUUUGGGAGCUCCAACACACACGUAAGAAUGAUAAAGGAGAAUUGUUAUGGUCGGAUCCACAAUCACAAGAAGUUCAUGGCCGUAUUCAAGCUCUUGUUACUGAUCAACAACAACUCGAAGAAAAUGCGAAUCCAAUGACUGGAGAUGAUAUUUUAGCCACUGCACUUGGAGAGAGAACAAGUGACGUUCGCAGAAAAGGCAAUGGAAAGAGGCCUCCUAGAAAAAACUGCAUGCAACAAGCAGAUGUAGAAGCUAGUGUGUCUUCUGCUAUGACAAACGUUCGGCAAGAGAUGCAAGCUGAGAUGGAUCAUAAAUUACAAGAAGAACAAGAAAAAAUUCGUGAAGAAAUGGAUAGAAUAUUCCAAGAGCAGAUGAGAGAAGAAGUGGACAAAAGAAUAAAAGAACAAAUGGCUGAUAUAAUGUCUAGAAUGCAACAGAUAAAGUUGUUAGCAAAGGAGUUUGACGACGGAAGAUAG